CUUAACUCGUAAAGAGAUAACCCAUUUUUUCUUGCCAAUAUUAGACGUUCUUUAAACCAACAACACUUAAACAUUUUGUCUACAGUGUGCGAUUAACAAAGCUGAAUUUAAAUACUUUUUAUUUACCACAAAUUUGACCAACAAUGCUGUUUGUUUUUUUCUUUGUCUUGACGCUAACAUCAGCGGAACAAAAACUAAACUUUAACUACCAGCGUGUGGAACAAAAGCUCAAUGUCAGUUGUGUGGUUCAAGAGGCGAACAGUUUAAAUUUUUCACAUGUCACAAGCAUGGUCAUAUCAAGGGAAAUCGCCGGGAAAUACGAGAUUUUGGCGUCAGGUGCUCCAGGUGAUGGCGUAUCUGUAACCAAUCAAAUUGCUUCUGCUGACGUCACCGGACAAGUUUCCUGGAAUGCUCAAUCUUCAUCUUUUCUGAACAUUCAAUGGAGCACGGCUGACCAGUCUCUUAGUGGAAAUUACAAGUGUGAACUUAACGGUUUAACCUUCCAGAAUAUUCCACAAGCUCUAAACCAAGUUAUGUUCGUAUCAGUAGCCGACACUGAGCCGACCAUGACGGCUACACCUGGAACAAUCGAACCCGGCUUGACCAGAAAUCUGAGUGUCCGAUGUUCUAUAUCUAACCUUAACACGCUCAAGAUCUCACAGGUGUUAUCAAUAGAGAUGUUUGUCCUGCGUGAUAACGUGGACCAAAUCCUUGCCGCGGCCACAGCUUUUAAACCAGCAGAAACCAAGCCAGGAAAUGAGAAUGCUGUGGUGGACGGAUAUGUAGGGGCUUCUAACAAGCCUCAGUACAUUCAGGUAUCUUGGGAACACCCUACACUUCAACAUGGUGGCGCUUACCUGUGUGACAUUAUGGCAAUUAACAGCAGCAAUCUACCUGUUAGCUAUUCCAGAACUAUCAAUGUAACAUCCAGAGAAUCUACAAGGGACGAGCUUGUGGAUAAAAUCCACGAUCUUGAGGCCAUGUACGACACAUCUGUGUCAGCACAUCUGGAGUGUCAGUCCGAGUUGAAAAAUUCCAGCGAGAAUCUGACACACCUGGAGAAUGAACAUUUGUCUACUUUAUCUACUCUGGACACAGUGAACAGCACCAAAUGGUCACUCUCACAAAGCCUUGAGUCUACAUGCAACCUGGCCAGCAACUUGCUUGUAUUAACAAGUCAACUGAUGGUCAACGUUACUGACCAGAACGUUACGGAAUUUUUCGAUAACUCUUCAAGCGCUAUCCUAAAACUGUGUAAAAGAGAGUCUGCCGAUGUGAGUUGUGAUUUCGAACGAGACUUGUGCGGGUUUGUUCAGUCACGUGAUGACGACUUCGAUUGGACACGAAUUUCGGGCCCGACGUCAUCCACUGGUACAGGCCCAGCAACAGACCACACACUGGGAACCGUUAAUGGUCACUAUGUGUAUGUAGAGACAUCUAACGUUGUACAAGGACAAAGGGCUCGUCUUCAAUCCCCGCUGAUCAACGGGUCGCUCAUGCGUGCUACGUGUGUGACAUUUUAUUACAAUAUGUAUGGAACGGACAUCGGGACACUUAACGUCUUCAUCAAAGAAAAGGGUAUGACGACCACUUCCGAAACGCUUCUCUGGACGUUACAUGGUAACCAAGGCAGCAGCUGGUUAUUUUCAAAGCUCCGAGUGGCACCAACUUCCUCCAAUUACGUCAUUGUGUUUGAGGUUAUAACGCUGUCAGGUUAUAUGGGUGAUGUGGCCCUUGAUGAUAUCAAUAUUAAUCCUUCAUGUGUCUGAGCAGAUGUACGUUAGAUGGCAAAAUAAAAAUCAGGAAACUGAAAAAAUGUACAGAAAAAUAAAACACAUUCUCACACAACUUCAAGAACGUUAGUAUUAGUAGUUGAUCCGCACGUACAUAUGUACUAAAAAAACAUAUACUUAAAUACUGCCGGUAAAUUUAGUUAAAACAAUAGAAAAACACUGUGGAUAAGCGUAAAACAGACUCCAAACGAUGAACGAGCAAACUUCAAAGAUAGAAUAAAUAUAGCUGUUUAUUUUACAAUCAGAAUCAUGGCUUUUGCAUCAGGUAAAACUCUGUGAAUAUUGUUUUUGCAAUUGCCAGUUAAGAGGUGUCUGAGCAAUACAGUGAUCUAACCCAUACCUUACCA